AUGGCCAACUUCUUCUUCAUCUCCUCCAUCCAAAUAUUGUCUGGCACGAGGAACACUGCAUCCGCCCAGGUAUCAAUCUUUGGGAAGUUGAGGUCCUUCCUCGGCCUCCCAGCACGCCAUACGACCAUGUUGUAUGCACGAGCGGCCUCCUCGACGGUCAGAGUUCCCAUGGUCGAGAAGAUCUCACCGGAGGGUCAUGGUCAACCACAGACACUACCGGUAUUUAAGGAGACUGUAAAUUUCGAUGAGCAAUAUCCUGAGCUAGCUGAACAGGCAGACCUGAUAUUGAGAAUGUGCCGUGGACAACCCCUGGCAAUUGUCACCACAGCUACCUUCUUGGCAAACCAACCAAAAACCUUGGAGGAGUGGAGAAGAUUUAAUGAGCAAAUCAAUGAUGAGCUGGAGAUGAAUACAGAGGUUGGGGUCAUAAGAGCACUCCUUAGCAAAUGCUACGAUGGCUUACCCUAUCACCUAAAAUCUUGUCUAUUACACAUGUCCAUCUUCCUCCAAGACCAAAAGGUUAGCCGGAGACGGUUGGUGCGGCGGUGGACUGCAGAAGGUUACUCAAGGGUGGUGCGUGCCAGGUCCGUGGAGGAAACGAGAGAGAGCUACUUCAUGGAACUCAUAAGCAGGGGCAUGAUACUACCGACUCAACAAUCAUUUCGUAGCACAAAAGGAAUUGACUCGUGCCAAGUCCAUGAUAUGAUCCGUGGAAUUGGUAAUUCUAAGUCAGUGGAAGCAAAUCUUGUUUUCAGAUUGGAGGAAGGUUGUAGCCUAGACGGAGUGGGCACAGUCCGACACCUUGCUGUAAGUUGGAAUUGGGAGGAAGACCAAAGUGAAUUUGAGAGCAUAGUGGGCAUAUCUCAUACACGGUCAUUGACAAUAUUUGGCAAGUGGAGGCCAUUUUUCAUUUCUGAGAAGACAAGGCUUCUACAAGUACUUGACCUGGAAGACACGUCAGGUCUAGUUGAUCAUCACCUCGAGCAUAUCGGAAUUCUUCUUCACCUAAGAUACCUAUCCCUAAGAGGAUGUCUUCAUAUUUAUCACCUGCCAGGUUCGGUGGGUAACCUAAGGCAACUCCAGACAUUAGAUAUUGCAGGCACAUCCAUAUUCAAGUUACCAGGGAGCAUUGUCAAGCUUAGUAAGCUACAGCAUAUUCUUGCUGGCGCCAUCAGAAAUCAAGAUGACAACGACGACGACUUUGAAACAUCCUUUGAAGAUGUGCCAAAGCUAACGAGGAACAGGCUAUGCUUUUUGACUUGCUCUUCAGUGGCACUAUGUGUGGGAUGCUGCGCAUCUCGCACUGCGUGCUGCUGCUCCAUUUUACCUGCGUUUGCAAGGCACCAAUGUCUACGUGGUGUUGCAGUUCCCAGAGGAUUCCAUAAACUGAAAGCCCUGCACACUCUGGGUGCUGUGAACAUCGCAUCGGGGAAGGCCGCUCUAGAAGACUUGAGCAGACUUGGCGGGCUUCGUAAGUUAAGGGUAACUGGCAUCAACAAGAGAAACAGUAAAGAGUUCUGUUCGACAAUUGCUCAUCUCAGGUGCUUGGAAUCGCUGUCAAUGCAGUCAGCGGGCAAGCCUGGUUUAUCUGCCUGCUUGGAUGGCUUGCGCGCGCCCCCGAAAAACCUCCAGAGCCUCAAGUUUUACGGUAAUAUGGUCACUUUGCCAGGAUGGGUGAAGGGCGAGGGGCUUAAAAAUCUCGUGAAGUUAAAGCUACAGAGCUCAAGGAUGUUGCUAUGUGAUGCUGCCGUAGAAGUCCUUGGGAGUUUGCCAAAACUGGCCAUACUGCGUCUGUGGAAGGAGUCUUUCGAUGGAAAUGAUAUCCGUGUCACUUUCCAUCAGGACACAUUCCCGAGUCUGGUGCUGCUGGAACUGGAUCGGGUCGGUGACCUCAGAUCAGUGAAGUUUGAACAGGGAGCAACAGCUAAGCUAGAGCUGCUGCAGUUUCGUAGUUCGCUUAAAGCAGCACACGUUGGCUUGUUUUCUGGGCUACGAAAUCUUCUGAGCUUCAAGGAAUUUAAGCUUGUGGGUACCUACGAGCACAACUUCGUGGCAGACUUGCAGGAACAGCUUGCAUGUAAUUUCAAUCGUCCUGCCUUCAAGACCUACUGA